GAAACGGCUAUUUUCCUGAUGAAAAGCUGGCAGCACUUGUUCUAUUUUUUACGGGGCGCAACAGCUGAACGCACGUAGAUUUUUGGCUGAAACGGAGGGCGAAAAGCAAAUAGGAGCAACGACAGUGGAUACCUGAUGUGACAGAGGCUAUAAAUAUCACUGAAAGUAAUGAAAUCCGAUUUCGAUCGGUGCAUUAGAGCAUAACCAAAAACGGCGAAACAACGCAUUUCCCACCUUGGCCAAGUGCAAACCCCAGCAACCAGGCAGGAGAAACAAACGUCAACGAAAUCGAAUUAUGGCCACCAAACGGCGACCGCUGCGUCCAAACAUUGGCGCCGCUUCGGGUUCUGGAUCGAACAUGAACUUUCGACCUGGGGGUCCGGAUAUAACUCGAUCCGAGGCUCGGGGCACCAGACCUACAGCAGCCCCCACCAGUAUCAGAGAGAUUCUUGUCAUGGGAGUAAUACAUUUGUGUAAAAAAACGAUAUUCUUCAACACGGACCUGAAAGUGGCCCUCUACCUGGGCAGCCUGUUCGUGAUAUCGGUCAUUGGGGACUUUGUCCCCUUUCCAAAGACCUACUUCGCGCGCUCGGACAAUUUGUUCAACACGUACUUCGUGAAGAUAGGCUGGGGCUGGACUCUGCUCUUCGUGGUGCCCUUCCUAGUGUUGUCUGCCUAUACGAUCACCUGUGGCGAUCACAAGCGGAUGCUGCGCCAUCACUUCCCUCGCAUUGUCAUAGCCACGUUCUUUUGGUUCUUCUGGACGAAGCUCUUCAACAUUGUGGAAAAUUCGUACGGUCGCUGCACGGUCAAAGGCUUCCAGAGCAAGUCGAGCUGCCUGAAGGCCGGCCAUCUGUGGCAUGGCUUCGACAUAUCCGGCCAUGCGUUCAUCCUGAUCCACUCUAGUCUGGUGCUCAUCGAGGAGGCGCGUCCCAUCAUCAAGUGGGAGACCAUCAAGGAGCACAUCCGCAACGAGCUGCACAAUCGCAGCGUCUCCGAGAAUGCGGGCACCAAUCCCCUUCGAGGACUGAACGACGAGCAGAUGCGAAGCCUGCAGUUCCUCUACAAACGCCUAACGCCCAUCAUCCGCACCCUGUUUAUCGGCAUGGCCGCUCUGCAGCUGCUCUGGGACAUAAUGCUGGUGGGAACGAUGCUCUACUACCACCGCAUGAUCGAGAAGGUCAUCAGCGGCAUCAUCGCCAUCCUGACCUGGUACUUCACAUAUCGCUUUUGGUAUCCCACGCGCGGUCUCUUGCCAGAGGAGCCCGGCAACGGCACCUUCUACUACCAGAGGGAGACUUAUGGCUUUCCUUUCAAGCGUCCCUCGCAUUUAUCCAGUGGGACCGCCGCCAGUGGCGCCUCUGGCCCCACGAGAGCUAAUCACAAUGGCAAAGUGGGAGCGACGAAUGUGCCCAAGGAUCAGCAAGUGCCAACAUUCAUGGGCAUGCCGCUGUUCACCAGCCCGAAGGUGGCCACCGCCGCAGCGAGCUUGCUGCAAUCGGCACAGCAGAAGCGAGAGCGAGAGCAGCAGCAGCAGCUGGGUGCAGAGAGCUGAGCCCCAAGGCAGAUACUCGUCCUCGGGGGGCGUAAGCAAGCGUAGCAGGAAUUGACAAUUAGGUGACGGAUUGGAAUUAAUACCAAAUGUUUUUUAUAUUCAAAGUUAAUUAUUGAUGUAAAUUAUGAUAUUUUAGCAGCUAGACACUGGCUGGCACAUGGUUCAUCCAUCUUCUCUUUUCUUCAUCCUCCCAUACCCCUGCAUCUGCAUCAGCAUCAGCAACAGCCAUCUGGUUGCCCACGUAGUAGCUUUAAGCGUUAAGCGUUCUUAUGUUCGUGCGUUUAUAUGUGACCAACUUUAACAGUAAAAGGAUUUGUUAACAAA